AGUGAGUCGCCCCGUGAGAUUUAGUCGAUGUUUUGCGGCUAAAGAGUGUGGUUCAAGCGAAACAUUCAAGUAAGAUAAACUGUUGAACUGGAGCAGUCCCUGGGAUUCGGAAUACCAGUAUGUUAGCCUCAGUUCCCGCCCGUCUGGCGCUGUUCGCCGUGAUAAGCUCGCAGACUCUGCAGCUGCUCCAGGCUGCUCCCUUCGCAGGAAUCGAGAACGCUGCCUUUACCAGUCAAGAUUUAUUGGCCGAGGAAUCGGCGCCCGUCCAGCACUAUCGGCACCGUCGCCAUCACGGGGACGGCAAUUACCAUGGACACGGCCAUGGCCACCACAAGCGGCACUGGGAUCACCACUUUCCGGAUUCCGACUACCAUCACCCCCAACAUGGCGGACUUGGAUUAGAGCAUCCACCACAUGGACCGCCGCCACACUAUGGUCCACCCCCUCACAGAUUCGAGCCACACGGCUUCGAACCAUUUCCGAACACCUUUGGAGCCCCUGAAUAUGAGGAGCACCAGCGGCCGUUUAAGGCGGACUUGGAGCCCUUUAAGGAUGAUAGAGGAGGAUCUCAAGUGGGCCCCAUAGAGUCCGGACCAAGUAGCGUAGCUCCACCACCCGCAGCUCCAGCCACAUCGCCCUCAACCACCACCCGCACCACUAGAUCCACCACCACAUCCACCACUGCGGCACCGGCACCGGCACCGGCACCGGCACCCAUCAGUUCCAGCAGUGAAGAAGCCGCCCCGGCCAUCGACAUUCGCAUUGGCUAACGACCUAGAACUUAGCCCCGAUUCCAUUUUAUAUCUUGUGACAUUAAAGUUGCUACCUAAACCACAA